GCCCAAUUGGACAAUUUAUUUCCUCUUGCAAUUUCGACCACGUGGCCACUAUUUAUUGGCUAGGCAGUCUCACGGCGAACGCCGUUACCGCAGAGGAAACGACUCCCAGAACUACAGUCGGAGUAUUGCUUCUCUCUCUGGUGGCACUGUGGGUUUUUGAUUAGGGUUUUUCUAAAUUGACAGCUCCAAUUCUCCGUUCUUCGAUUAAUUCAUCGGAAGUAGACGACGACAAUGGGCGCACAGAAAAAAGGUGCACCUGGGGUUUCAGAGGACCCUGAGGAACUGGCACGUGUCCCCUUGCAGGCCAUCCUCUUAGCUGAUAGUUUCACCACCAAAUUCCGACCCAUCACUCUCGAGCGCCCCAAAGUGCUGUUGCCAUUGGUAAAUGUCCCGAUGAUCAAUUACACGCUAGCAUGGCUUGAGUCCGCUGGUGUCGAGGAGGUUUUUGUUUUUUGUUGUGCUCAUUCUAAGCAAGUGAUCGAUUAUUUGGAGAGUUCAGAGUGGUUUGCUCAACCAAAUUUCACAGUCACGACGAUUGAAUCACAUAAUUCUGUUAGUGCUGGAGAUGCUCUGCGCUUGAUAUAUGAGCGCAAUGUGAUACAUGGAGAUUUUGUUCUAAUUAGUGGGGACACUCUGAGCAACAUGUCGCUUACUCAGGUACUUCAAGAACAUAAAGAGAGAAGAAAAAAAGAUAGUAAUGCUGUGAUGACAAUAGUUAUAAAACGGUCAAAGCCUUCUCAGAUCACUCAUCAAUCUCGACUGGGCAAUGAUGAGCUGUUUAUGGCAACAGAUCCUAAUACAAAGCAGCUUUUAUAUUAUGAGGACAAGGAAGACCAUACAAAAGGAUCCAUCUAUCUCAACAAGUUAUUGAUUGCUGAUAACCCUUCAAUUACUUUACAUAAUGACAAACAGGAUUGCUAUAUUGAUAUAUGCUCUCCUGAAGUCCUUAGCCUUUUCACGGACAAUUUUGAUUAUCAACAUCUACGUCGUCAUUUUGUGAAGGGAUUGCUUGUUGAUGAUAUUAUGGGUUACAAAAUAUUCACACAUGAAAUUCACUCGAGUUAUGCGGCUAGGAUUGACAACUUCCGAAGCUAUGAUACAGUUAGUAAGGACAUAAUUCAGAGAUGGACAUACCCAUUGGUGCCAGAUGUAAAGUUUUUUGGGAAUUCUUUGAUAAAACUGGAAAGACAGGGAAUGUAUCGAGCAUCAGACAUAGGGCAAUCGCGCUCUGCACAGAUUGGGCCUUUUACAGUCAUUGGGAGUGGCACCAAGAUUGGGAACAACACCAAAAUUUCAAAUUCUGUUAUUGGGGAAGGGUGCUCUAUUGGAUCAAAUGUGUCAAUAGAAGGCUCCUAUAUAUGGGAUAAUGCCACUAUUGAAGAUGGCUGCAAGCUGAGGCAUGCUAUUGUAUGUGAUAGAGUGAUCAUGAAGUCUGGAGCAGUUUUGGAACCUGGUGUAGUUUUGUCUUUCAAGGUUCUUAUAGGACAAAAAUUUAAUGUCCCUUCAUACUCAAAGGUAUCUCUACUUCAGCAGCCAACUAAGCUAGAUAGUGACGACGAGCUGGAGUAUGCUGACAAUAGCAGCGGGAUUGCAGAAAAGUCAUCUAUCACACCUGUGGAUAAAGUAAAUGAGGAAACAACGAAACAACGAAUGGAGGCUAACUGUUGGCCCACAUCUGAGCUUGGUACUGGUGGGGCUGGUUAUGUUUGGUCAAUUUGUGAAGGAGGCGACGAUGAGGAGUGGAGGCAUUCAGUUGCUCCCAUUCCUGCUGACAAACUUUUGGAGGCAAUACAUGCUGCAGAUGAUGAUUUGGAGCAUGUUCAAGAUGGCAGCUCCCUCCCACCUUCACGAGAGUUAAAGCCUGAUUCUAAUGAUUCUGAAGGCGACAAUGAAGUGUCUGUAGAGGAUUCUGCCGACUUUGAGAGAGAGGUUGAAGCAACCUUUCUAAGAGCUGUGCAUGAAAACAUACAAGUAGACCACGUCAUAUUAGAAGUGAAUUCACUGAGGUUGUCAUACAACAAGGUAGCUGCAGACUGUGCUGGAGCUUUAUUUUAUUCAAUGAUGAAAUUGGCAUUAGAAACUCCACAUGGUUCACCAGGUGAUUUGGUUCAAGCUACUGUUAACAUAUUUGCAAAAUGGAAAAAAGUGCUGAAGUCUUACCUAGCAGAAAUAGAUGAGGAGAUUGAAGUGAUACUUAGAUUUGAAGAAAUGUGCGAGUCCUUUAAGGAAUUCUCUCCUGUGUUUGACAAGAUUUUGCAUCAACUGUACGAACUAGAAAUUAUACGAGAAGAAGCCAUUAUGAGGUGGGAUGCCGAAAAGAAAAAUGCUGAGGAAGCAGAUAGAGUUUAUGUCAAGCAAUCAGCAGCCUUUAUUCAAUGGUUGAGAGAAGCCGAAGAAGAAGAUGAAGAUGAAGAAGAUGAAGAAUAGGAAGCAGUUGAUACGUUGAACCAAUUUCGCAGCGGAUGCUUUCAACGAAGCGGGCGGGGUAUAAUGUUGAACAAGUGUUCUGUGAUAAUGUUGUAUGGAUUGGUAGAAAGGGAGAGGCUUUGUCCAUAGGCCGGAAAAUGGGUUUUACAAACUAUCAUGCACUUCGGAUGUCUAAUUUUUUAUAGAAAAAUCAAUAGUAACAUUUUGUGUAUUUUUAGUAUUGUCCGAAGAUAUUUCUAAGGCAAUGAGAAAUGCCAAAUGAUUCUUCAUUAA